CGACGCGGGACCGGCCAUGGCGUUGAAAGCCAGAGCGCUUUACAACUUCCAGAGCGAAAACAAAGAGGAGAUCAGCAUCCAGGAGAACGAGGAGCUCGUCAUCUUCAGUGAGAACUCCCUGGACGGGUGGUUGCAGGGCCAAAACAGCCGCGGGGAGACCGGCCUCUUCCCUGCUUCCUACGUCGAGAUCCUCCGCUCCCGGUCGGGCUCCAACUACACGGACUACUCCAGCAGCCCGGCCGGCUCCCCCGGGCACGACUCCUCCUUCUACUCAGCAUCCCCCAAUCCCGGCAUCUCCUACCAGGGCAGUUUUGAGGACGACGAUGAUGAUGAUUGGGAUGACUGGGACGAUGCGUGCACGGUGGUGGAGGAGCCCCGGAGUGCCCCGGGUACCAACGGGCACCCCUCACCCAAUCUGCAGUACCCGGCGGCCUAUGGCCACCACCAGCAUGCCGGUUACCGGCCCAAGCCGGCGCUGGAGAGGCAGGAUAGCAUGAGCUCCUCCAAGAGGGGCAGUGUGGUAGGGAGGAACCUCAACCGCUUCUCCUGCUUCGUCCGCUCAGGUGUGGAAGCCUUCAUCUUGGGCGACGUGCCCCUGAUGUCCAAGAUCUCUGAGACAUACUGCAUCGAGAUGGGCUCCAGAGGCCCCCAGUGGAGGGCGAACCCCCACCCCUUCAUCUGCUCCGUGGAGGACCCCACCAAGCAAACCAAGUUCAAGGGCAUCAAGAGCUACAUCUCCUACAAGCUGACCCCCAGCAACAUCAACUCGCCCGUGUACCGGCGGUACAAGCACUUCGACUGGCUCUACAACCGCCUCCUGCACAAGUUCACAGUGAUCUCGGUGCCCCACCUGCCCGAGAAACAGGCCACCGGCCGCUUCGAGGAGGACUUCAUUGAGAAGCGCAAGCGGCGACUGAUCCUCUGGAUGGACCACAUGACCAGCCACCCUGUGCUCUCCCAGUACGAGGGCUUCCAGCACUUCCUCUGCUGCCGCGACGAGAAGCAGUGGAAGCUGGGCAAGCGCCGGGCGGAAAAGGAUGAGAUGGUGGGUGCCAGCUUCCUCCUCACCAUCCAGAUUCCCACGGAGCACCAGGACCUGCAGGACGUGGAGGACCGCGUGGACGCCUUCAAGGCCUUCAGCAAGAAGAUGGACGACAGCGUCCUGCAGCUGACCAACGUGGCCUUGGAGCUGGUGCGCAAGCACGUGGGGGGCUUCCGGAAGGAGUUCCAGAAGCUGGGCAAUGCCUUCCAAGCCAUCAGCCACUCCUUCCACAUGGACCCUCCCUACAGCUUGGAUGCCCUCAACAACGCCAUCUCCCACACAGGCAAGACAUACGAGACCGUGGGGGAGAUGUUUGCUGAGCAGCCCAAGAAUGACCUGUUCCUCAUGCUGGACACGCUUUCCUUGUACCAAGGGCUCCUCUCCAACUUCCCGGACAUCAUCCACCUCCAGAAAGGCGCCUUCGCGAAGGUGAAGGAGAGCCAGCGGAUGAGCGACGAGGGCAGGAUGGACCAGGAGGAGGCUGACGGGAUCCGCAAGCGCUGCCGCGUGGUGGGCUUUGCCCUGCAGGCCGAGAUGAACCACUUCCACGAGCGCCGCGUGGCUGACUUCAAGAGGAUGAUGCAGUCCUACCUAAGACAGCAGAUCGUCUUCUACCAGCGCGUCAGCCAGCAGCUGGAGAAGACACUGCGCAUGUACGACAACCUCUAACGCCUCCACUCGCUCUGCCCGCAGCCUUCCAUGCCUCCUCUGUCUGUGACAGACUCAGAACUAACAGGAACUCAUCACGCUAGAGACCAAAUAACUUUGGGCUUUCCUCCCCCUUCCCGGGCCUGUGGGGAAGGGCUCGCCCGUGGGUUGGCCCUGCCACCUCUUUCCCUGGGGACCUCCCGCCCUGCCGUGGGUCCGGUGGGGGCACGGGAGGCUCACAAGAGGGACAGAUGUGGAGGUUAAUGGCGCUGGGGUCUCUGCCCAGUGAUUUUUAGCUUUCUGAAAACCCACUCUCCUGGAGCGGAGGCAGGUGCAUCCCGGCCCGCUGGGAGAAGAAAUCCAAGCGGUCAACAUUUUGCACACUAAAAGCUUUUCUGAUGGAAAAAAGAGAAGAAAAACAGAUCUUUAUUUGGAAGAGAUUUUUUUUGUUUGUUUGUCAUGAGAUAUUUUCAAUAUUUUCCAUUUUUCUGCAGCAUUUUUACUGAUCAGUUUUUAACUAGAUGCACAGAGGCGAAGGGAAAUCUCUUUCUCGAGCAUGGCUGCUGACUGGGAAAAGGGAGAAAAAAAAAAAAGGGAAAAAAAAAAAAGCCCCACAGCCUUUUCAAUAAAAUUGUUGGUAGAAAAACACCUACCUGCUUCCCAGA